CCUCUCUGUGGAGGCGUCUUGUUGUUGUGCAGGCCAAGAUGGCGGCGCAGGCGGCGGCAGCGGCGCAGGCUGCCGCGGCUCAGGCGGCACAGGCCGAGGCGGCCGAGUCGUGGUACCUGGCGCUCCUGGGUUUCGCCGAGCACUUCCGCACGUCCAGUCCGCCCAAGAUCCGCCUGUGCGUACACUGCCUGCAGGCCGUGUUCCCCUUCAAGCCUCCUCAGCGCAUCGAGGCCCGCACGCACCUGCAGCUCGGCUCAGUUCUUUACCACCACACGAAGAACAGCGAGCAAGCGCGCAGUCAUCUGGAGAAGGCGUGGUUGAUAUCACAGCAAAUUCCACAGUUUGAAGAUGUUAAAUUUGAGGCAGCAAGCUUGUUGUCUGAGCUGUACUGUCAAGAGAACUCUGUGGAUGCAGCAAAGCCACUGCUGAGGAAAGCCAUCCAGAUCUCACAGCAGACACCAUACUGGCACUGCCGCCUACUCUUCCAGCUUGCUCAACUGCACACCCUGGAGAAGGAUUUGGUAUCAGCCUGCGACCUCCUGGGCGUGGGGGCCGAGUAUGCCCGUGUGGUGGGAUCCGAGUACACACGGGCACUAUUCCUGCUCAGCAAAGGGAUGCUGCUGCUGAUGGAGCGCAAGCUGCAGGAGGUGCAUCCAUUGCUCACUCUGUGCGGACAGAUCGUGGAAAACUGGCAGGGCAACCCCAUCCAGAAGGAGUCAUUACGUGUCUUCUUCCUGGUGCUGCAGGUGACCCACUACCUGGAUGCUGGGCAGGUGAAGAGUGUGAAGCCAUGCCUGAAGCAAUUGCAGCAAUGUAUCCAGACCAUCUCUACACUUCAUGAUGAUGAGAUCCUGCCCAGCAACCCCGCUGACCUCUUCCACUGGCUGCCCAAGGAGCACAUGUGUGUGCUUGUCUACCUGGUCACAGUGAUGCACUCCAUGCAGGCCGGCUACUUGGAGAAAGCACAGAAGUACACGGACAAGGCACUCAUGCAGCUGGAGAAGCUAAAGAUGCUUGACUGCAGUCCCAUCCUCUCGUCCUUCCAAGUCAUCCUGCUGGAGCACAUCAUCAUGUGCCGGCUCGUCACAGGCCACAAAGCCACUGCACUACAGGAGAUUUCCCAAGUCUGCCAGCUGUGCCAGCAGUCUCCCCGGCUCUUCUCCAACCACGCUGCCCAAUUGCACACGCUGCUGGGUCUGUACUGCGUCUCUGUGAACUGCAUGGACAACGCUGAAGCCCAGUUCACCACAGCCCUACGGCUCACCAACCACCAGGAGCUGUGGGCCUUCAUUGUGACCAACCUUGCGAGUGUGUAUAUACGGGAAGGAAAUAGACACCAAGAGGUACUGUACAGUUUGCUUGAGAGGAUAAACCCAGACCACAGCUUCCCAGUCAGCUCACACUGCCUGCGAGCAGCGGCCUUCUAUGUACGGGGGCUCUUCUCCUUCUUUCAGGGCCGUUACAAUGAAGCCAAGCGAUUUCUUCGAGAAACUUUGAAGAUGUCAAAUGCUGAAGAUCUGAACCGGCUCACGGCCUGCUCCCUUGUGCUGCUGGGCCAUAUCUUCUAUGUGCUAGGGAACCAUAGGGAGAGUAACAACAUGGUUGUGCCUGCCAUGCAGUUGGCUAGCAAGAUCCCAGACAUGUCGGUGCAACUGUGGUCAUCAGCCCUGCUGAGAGACCUCAACAAGGCAUGUGGAAAUGCCAUGGAUGCCCACGAAGCUGCCCAGAUGCACCAGAACUUCUCGCAGCAGCUGCUGCAGGACCACAUCGAGGCCUGCAGCCUCCCGGAGCACAACCUCAUCACGUGGACGGACGGCCCACCCCCCGUGCAGUUCCAAGCCCAGAAUGGACCCAACACCAGCCUGGCCAGCCUCCUGUGAGGCCCCUGUGGCCCAUGUCCUCGACUUCCACCGAACACUGGAGCUCUCUGGGAGCACAUCUGCCAGGGUGUCUACCGAUCCCUCACCACUGUCCAGAGCUUCUGAGUCCUAGGAGUCCUGGGGCCACAGCCUGCCUCUGGGAGUGAUGGCCAGUCCUGCCUGCACCGGGAUUCCAGUGCCAUCUGUUGGAGGGCACUUGUGGCUUGCUCUGUGUCUCAGUCUCAUUUGUGGGGAACAGGGUGCAGGCCUCUGCCCCUCCCAAUCUGUGGUGCUGAGUCAUCGUCACCCUAGGGUGUUACCACUGACUGCUCAGCUAAACUUUGGGGCUGCUGCAGGAGCAUGACUACACAAAGUGGGCCCAUGGCAAAAGGAGGAAAGAAUGAUAGCCCACAGUUGGGACAGGCCCAGGUCCAGUACUUUCCCCAGCCCGCUUUCUUCUCCAGUGACCCCUGUGACAGUGCCUGCAUUCUGGGCCUCCAAACUUGACUGCCUAGAGGCUGAUCCCAGUGGUGGGGAGGAACUGGGAACCUGGUGUGUGUAUUACAGCCAAUGGGCUGAGACCCUGCACCUCCCUGUAUGUCCCUAAGGAGCUCCUUGCCCCGAUUCAACAUGGCCUUUUUGCCCAGGGCAGGGCAUGAGGCAGAAGCCUUGUGGGACCUGAAUGAUGGGCUACCUUCCUGGCAGCUGUGUGGCUUUCCUACAGGGGCAGGAGGACAGUUGUGAACCCAGCUCAGCUGUACCUCUGGGAUAACUGAGGAGUUCACCCCAGGGGUAAUAGAACAGUCAUGAUGGGGGACAAUAGCCCUCACCCCUUCCUGCACCAGAGCACCAGAAUCCAUGACUGAGGAGUCACGGGAACUGCUCAUGCCAGCAGCGCAGGGCUCCAAGGUCUGAAUGAACAUCAGUGCAGAGCUGUGUGGCAACCACUGCCCACAGCCAGGUGCUCCCAACCCUCCCAUCUUCUCCACGGGACCUACCCUGUGGCAUCUCAACCCUGCCUAUUUAUUUAUGCUUUUUUCCGCUUCUAGGGCAUUUUGUACAUAGAGCAGUUGAAACAAGGCCCUUGCAACUUGGUAUCUGCCCUGAUGUUAGAGUGCUUUUAGUAACCGACCACGCUUGGCGUGUGGGAAAAACUAAGGAUGAGGUUGUAACAGAGACUCCAUGAUCAGUGUUGAGCUCCCCACUUGUGUGCAUCAAGCCUCCAUAACCCCAAGGCAGUCGUCACAUGGUUAAGGAUUUAGAGAAAACCCUGUGGGAAGAGCUGGAGCAGAGGGAUGUUGGGGCUGGUGGGGGGCUGGCGGGAGUCAGGCCUGGGGUGUGACCCCACACAUGCCUAUCGCCCUACUGUUCCAUAGGUGACAUUCUGUUGAAUGAAGGUUUGUUGUAAGUAUGUUGCAGGAUGUUUUUAAUGGGUUCAUGGCAUUGCCCAGUUUUAGCAGCCUGUGUUUUUAAUCACGAGUUUUUUAAAAAACAAUUGUAAGUGGAAAACUGUUUAAAAGAGAACUAUGGAAUGUU